AUGCAAGCUUGGUGCAUUAGCUCCACGCUGUUCCAGUCCCUGGCCUUGGUGGAGCCUCUGAAAAGAGGUGGGCUCCCGGGCUAUCGCCAGCACAUCCCGGCCACUGGGUGCAUCGUGUCACCCCAUGUGCAGAUCUUCCGCGAGUGCACAGACGAUGGCUACGGCUUCCUGGACACGGCCACGGAGUUGCCAGGGGUUGUGUCAGUUGCGAUGUUCAACCGCAACCCCCGGGUCCGGGACAGCCCCCUGGACAGCCCUGCGGAGCCGGCGGAAUACCUGCACCAGACCAGGACCAAACUGGAGGCAGCCAUCAUGGCGGCAGUCCAGGUUCUCAAGGCCGAGGUCAUCGUCGUGCCGGACGUGGGCUGCGGCGUCUUCGGCAACGAUCCCCUCAUCAUCGGCGGAUGUCUGGGCAGCGUGCUGCGGCGGCAUGCUGCAAGCAUGACAGGUGUGAAAGAGGUCAUCAUCACGGGGCGCCGGGAGGACUUCUCCCGAGCCGCGCAGCGCGCCAUCAGAGGGGAGGAUCCUCGGCCCAUCUGCGACAGCGGCGAUGCCUGCACCCGCCUCAGCGACGUGGUGCAUGCUGCGCGCUUUUGUCACGGAGGGGCGACUGGCAGCAUCGUGGAUGAAGCGCUGCUGAUGCUGGCGAAGCAUCCGCAACCGGACACCAGAACCAAGCCGCCGUGCCGCUACGGACUGUCCUGCCACAUCCGUACUGCAGAGCACCUGGCACGCUUUUCUCACCCAGAGAAGGGCGCGGUCAAAGCCGACAGCGCGAGGGGCGGAAAGACGGAGGUGUCAAGUAAGACCGACGCGUCAAGGGGCACUACUGGCAGUACCGGAAGGCCGCUGGAUGUGAGCUCCGGCGGAUCCGGCCUCGGUGGAGCCGGCGGGCCGUUGGCGCCCAAGGCGCCGGUGGUGCGGCCCUGGAGUGCCUCUGCGGACCCCACCCCUUCGACGCCUGCACCACCGGCAGUGCCUCGAGUGGCGAAGGAUGAAGGGCGAGAUCCCAACCCUGUAGUGGAGCUUGGUGGGGGUAGCGUCAGCAGCCCCAGCCGACGGCCUGUGUGCAAGUACGGCAAGGCCUGCUACAAUGACAAGCCCGGUCACCUCGCGGACUUCUCGCAUCCCUGGAAGGAUGGGGAGACCGAAGAGGAGGAGAAGAAGAGGAUGGACUUGCAGGAAGCUCACGAGCUCUUGAACCUGGCGAAG